AUGGCUCUGCGGGUCAAUUCAAUAACAGUCCAAUUCAGUAGGCUGCCCCUCGGCAUAUCAUGGACUGGCCUACGGUUCAAAUCCACAGCUCCGAAUAGAGAGAAGAGGGAGAAGGAGUUAGCGGCGUCUACAUUCCCAGAGCACCAUGGCGAGAAGAUAUGGAUAUACGCCCACAUAUUAGAGGGCAUGACGGUGUUAUCACAUAGGCCCGUGCUCAAGGCGAACAAGGCGCUAAAACAACUCUCCUUCAACGGCAAGAAGCUCAAGCCUAGCAAGUUCCGACGCGACUACUGGCGGCCCUUCGCCAUGAUACAGUUCCCCGAGGGCUUCGGCGACGUGGGGCGGAGCAUAUACCAGCGCAUGCGAGAGUGCAAGAAACUGCACGAGCUAUCGUGGACCGACGACAUGCUCUACGACAAGCUCGGGAAGCCCCUGACGAAGCUCGAGCGGGGCCAGAGGAUCAACGACCAGAAGACCAACACGAUUGCCGACAUGGCUGCGGUGCUCGGGGGACUGGGGAAGGGCAGUCUGAUCUGGAUGACCGUGUCACAGGACCCGAAAAUACUUGCCAACCUGGAAGCGGGGGAUGAGAAGAAUCUCAAGAAGGACGAGGACGGCGUUGUUAAGGCCCUGGUCAAAGCUCAGGUCUGGUGGGCCGAUGAUAAAGACCGGAACUUCGCGAAAAGCUGGCCUCCUAAUGUCACGCACUACCGCUUCGACCAAGCCACUAUAGAGGAGAUGGGAAUGGACACUAAAGAGCUCGUGGAGCAACACUCGGAAUUGGCAGAAGCAACGGAAGAAGGCGAGGAUCAGGAAGGGGCGGAUAAGAAGGAGACAGACCAGGAGGCGGCAGACCAGAAGUCAGUCGACCAAGAAGAGAUAGGCCAGAAGAGGACAGAUCAAAAGGAGGCAGAUCAAAAGAACUCUCUAUAA